UCUUUCCAGACCUGACACUCAGGCAACAGCAGACGCUGACCUGUGUUUGGCAUUGGUGCAACAGCCCCCUUGUCCAGCACAGCACUGCUCCCAGCUCCCAGGAUGGAAGCUUGUCACUCUCCAGAGCAAUUCCAUAUCACCUCAUACGCUGCCACAACUGUGGCUAUAGUGACCCUUGAGACGUUUGCUGGCAUGUGGAUAAAUGCUUUCAUUGUUUCUGUGAUUUGCAUGGCUUGGGUCAAGAAGAAAACCUUGAACUCUAAUGAGAAGAUCUUGCUGGUUUUGGGAUCCUCCAGGUUUUGGUAUUUGUGCAUUGCAUGGCUAUAUUUCUUUCUUUCAACAAUGCAUCACAAUUACAAAUAUGUUCACCCCAUAUUUCAACUACUUGCAGUUGCUCAUAGAUUUUUUAAUUGUUCCGAAGUUUCUGUGUCAGCCUGUCUUUGUGUCUUUUAUUGUAUAAAAAUUGCCAAUUUUAGGAACAGUUUCUUUAACUAUCUGAAAGUAAAAAUUGACAGGAUGGUGCCCUGGCUCUUGUUGGGGUCAGCGUUUUUCUCCCUGGUUAUUGGAAUCCUUCUCUUUGAAAUCAUCGAUAAACCUCAAUGUAACAAUUCCACUGGUCUAGAAAAUUUGUGGAAAGUGAAAAUCAAGAUAGAUGAACAUUUUCUUCCUAUUUAUUUUAUCACUGGCUUUGGAUAUGCUGCUUCAUUCAUGGCAGUCAUCUUUUCUGUCCUUCUCCUUCUCUUUUCCCUCUGGAGACACAAAUGCAACAUGCAGACAAACUCCAUGAAGGACCUCAGCAUGGAUGCCCACAUCAAAGCCAUGAAAUCCAUUCUCUCCUUCUUCAUAAUGUACAGCAUCAACUUUAUAUCUUUGAUUGUGACAUUAAUUUAUUCAGCGCAGGGGAAAAGUGUCAUGAUGUUUCUUAUUUAUGUAUUUCAGUACGCUUUUCCAGGUGUUCAUUCCCUUAUUCUGAUUUUCAGCAACCCCAAGUUGAAAAACACACUGCUAAGGAUUCUGCCCUGUGUGAAGUGCAAGGUUUGCAUGAGGUAAGAACUGUAGCAAAAGCUGCAGCCCAUGCAAAUUGUUGACCUUUCACUAUAGAGAACAAGUCAAUUAAUAUCUAAUACAACUCUCCUGGCAGCGUGGAUAGUAGAGAUGUUUACUCUUCCCCAUCUAAGUUAAGAAAACUGCUUUCAAAUACUUUGACCUAGAUUAUUGUGACUUAAUUACUAUUAUCAUCAUUGAGUUUAGAUAAUUUUUGAGCUGAAUUAUUGUCAAUAACAACUUCAUUUAGACCUGGUACAUGGGCUGGAUGCAAAAGGGCAAUAAGAACACUGCAAACCCGCCACAAGUGCUUCAUCAUCUGCUGAUAAAACUAUUAUUAGUAACAUUGUUUAGUUUAGAUAAUUUUUUGAGCUCAAUUAUUAACAUUGACAACUUCAUUUAGUUCUUGUAUAUGGGCUGGUUGCAAAAGGGCAAUAACAAUAAUGUAAACCUGCUGCAAAUAUUUUGGUAUUCACGGAUUGAAAGCACUGAACUAAACAACAGAUUUAUCUCUGUUUUAGUUUACAUUUCUUUCUGCUCUGGCCCUGUCCUAGUGUAAUAUGAUGAGCUGUAUCACUGUCUGGCAGUGGUUGAUAACUGAUGUGUGAACAUGUUGAUCCCUGUCACUCUCCACAGGUGGUCACUGACACACAAACAGCGAUGCAGGAAUGGCCAUGGGGGGUACAGGUGGAUGCAGAGCCCACUGCUCACUCCAGUCCUGAGUGUCUUCUCUGCCCCAUUUCCUGCAAGAACAGGAUUGCCCUGCUCUGUGUGACUGCUCUCCCACUCUGCUUUUACUUGUAGAUGAGAUCGGCUCUUCCCAGUGGAGUCUGGCUCAGUAAAACAUCUGGGAAAGUGGGAUUUGUGCAAGGUACAGCAUGGAAUAAAGUCCUGCUGUCAUCUCACAGUGACCCACAGGCAGAGGUACAGGGUGCUUGGGUCAUGUGCUGGCAGCUGGGGACCCGUGGGUGUCUCAGUGAGGCAAGGUCAAGGCUGCCCUGUGCCAGGGAAAGCCAAUUCAAUGCUCUCAAAAGAACCCACCGCAGGACACAGCUCAGCCCAUCAGUGAUGGUCAUGGCUCCUCUGUGAAAAGAUAAUUUAAGUGGUGCAAAAAUUCAGACUGGUAAGGUGGACUGAGGAAAACUGUAAGAAACAGUCCUGAAGCAACAGGGACAGCGAAGGAAGGGGAGAGGUUGCUCCAGGUGCCAGAGCGGACAUUCCCCUGCAGCCCCUGGAGAGGAUCGUGGUGAGGCAGCUGUGCCCCUGCAGCCCAUGAAGUCCAUGGAGAAGCUGAGAUCCACCUUCA